UGCAACCAAACGUAUACUGUAGAUCUACAGAGACAUCAUGAGAGCCACUGCAGCCGUCCUACUGGUCCACUGUCUCCUGGCCAUCAGUCAUGGUAAGUUAACCAUCAUCUGAAAAACUAUUUUACAGGCAACUCUACUCUACACUAAACUUGAAAUUGAUCAUCAAGUUGGCUCCAUAAUUUCAUCCUCCUUUUUGCUGGUGUCCUCUACUCAUGUGUCUUUGAUCUGGUGUCUCCACAGCAUGGGACUGUCAGACUGUAGUGGAUAUAUAUAAUCUGAUGCAGAUCGACGCAGGACUUGGACAAGUGGUUGCAACAAACACAAGUCAAAUCCCCUACUACAUGGUAGGUGAUAAAUGGAUCCCCCUGCCUGGUUCCCUGAAGCAUAUCACUAUAGGACCAGCAGGGAUCUGGGGUGUCAACAGCGGAAACAUCAUCUUCAAGUAUGUGGCCGGUAACUGGCACCAAUAUGCAAGUAAGUGGAGAGCAUUACUCAGUUAUGAAUCCAGAGGACACCUGCUUCUUAGCUUUCCUGAUACCAUCAGGGUAAAUUAUUCAUGUUCAACAUUAUGUCAUUGUACUGUAAGUCAUUUGGCAGUACUCACACAUGCGUACUCCAUGUUUGCUUGUCUGUCUCUGUCUUUGUGGUCUUCAGCCAAAGUGAAGCAGGUGGAUGCUGGGGGUGCCGGGUUUAUUGUGGGGGCCACCAUGGAAUAUUCACCCUUCUGUUUGGGAAGUAGUGAAACACUUGGCUUCAAGGAUACAGACGCAGGCCAUACAGCGAUAAGAUUGGCAGGAAGUAUGGAGUACCUCAGUUGUGGACCCUUUGGGUGCUGGGCAGUCAACAACAAUGAUGAAAUCUUCUUAAUGAGUGUAAGAUCUGGGAAAGAGUGUGAGAGGUGGAGUAGAGUGGUAGAGUAUGGAGAGUGUCAGUUAUUUUAAAACUGUUUCAUAUAAUAACUGUUGAAAUUGUCCUAAAACCCUGGUUGACUUGAAUCUGUUUGUUUUCAGAAUGUGAACAAAGACACUUGUCAAAACAAGGGGUGGAGUCACAUUGACGGCAAGCUUUCCAUGAUUGAGGUGGCAACUGAUGGUAGUGUCUUUGGGGUCAACUCUGAUGGCCAAGUUUAUACCAGGUAAAGUUGAUACUUACAUUUGUGUAUGGUUCCACCUUUUUCCCCCUCAAUAUUAGUAACUUUAAAAUGACUUGUAAUAAGAACUUAUAAUAAUAAUGAUAUCUUUAUGAAUAACUCUGACCCUUACUGUACAUGCUUUGUGAAGCAAUUUAUACCAAAAUUAAAACAGACGCAUAAAUCAAAUCUGUAAAAUAUAAUCAGAUCUAAACUUAUAAGACUUAUAAAGAAAUGUGUGAACAGUUUAUGGUACAUUUUGAAAAGUUUGGAUAUCCUUUAAAGCUACAGUUUGGGAUUCAAAAAAACAACAACUACACGGUCACCCCACCGCUUGUUUUGGUACACAACUGAGAUAUGUAGCUAGAGAAAUUGUUCAAUAAUCAAUAGCUAUAUACAAUUAAUAAAGUCUGAAGAUGUAUGUACUUUUAAAAAAAUAUUUAAGUUUUAAAUGCGAACCUCACCUCUUUAUUCAACAUAGAGACGGCAUCACAGCCAGUAAACCAGAGGGCACUGGAUGGAGCAUUGUCCCAAUGUACAUACCAAUGACGCACGUGACCUACGACCUGGGCCGUCUUUGGGUCGUGUCCAAGUCUGGCUUAACCAUGGUGUGCAAACGUUAGCCUCUCCUCUGCAUCUGAAGGCCGUUCAGGAUCUGACUAAAGUUCACUUGCUAACUCAUUGAUCUCUCUUUCUGGAGCAGCGUUCUGCUUGACAAUUAUCAACAUUAGUUCAGAACAAUCCUUCAUUCUAAAACCUAUUGCUCUAACAAUAUUUUUUUCAGUUUUUUAUUUCUAUCAAUAGUAAUCACUGAUCUUAAUGACAUUUUAAAGAAUUUUCUCUAACAUAAUUGACAAGCAACAGCUAUUUAAAAGUUUAUUGUUUUCUUAAUCACUCCUUGAUUAACACUUCAAUAGAGCUUUGCCAUAGCUGCUAUUUAAUCGUAGUGUAAACUUGGGCACGGUGAUGUUGCUCACAAUCCACAUGGGUUUUGCUGUGCUUCAGAGGUCAUCAAUAGGGUUGGAUGGAAUCCUUGUCAUUAUCUCAUUACAUAAUCAUUUCCCGUGGAUAAAGCAUUCAGUUUGAAACUAAUUUCAGUGUUUUUUUAAUCAUAUUGAACAGGGGGAUUUAAGGUUGCCCUGCAAAGAUCCAGUGAAACUUGAGAGAUCUGUUUUGUGAAUCUUCUUACUAUGAAUGUUAGAUACGAUUAAAGUACUACAGUGUUCAUGAACUGGUAAACCUUUAGUUCCCUGAUGCAUAGUUUGAUUGACAGGUGCCCUAUUGUUGUAGUCUCACAGGGACAUAUUUGUUAUGUUGAUUUAAAUAAAGCCUUUGACAACACA